AUGGAGUCCAAUCAAUAUUACUCAACUGGCUACACCCAGUACUAUAAUUUACCACAAACCUACUAUUCUGAACCUAGCACAACUGAAAACAUUCCUUAAGUAGGGUUCAAUAAGUAAUAAGAUUUGGAUUUCUCGUUUGCUGAUCAAUAACUUCAAAGCUAUAUCCCAAUAUAAGCCGAUUUCAAUUUGAAAACUCAAUACUUAGAAUAAUCGGCCAUUACUCAGAACUUAUAAGAUUCAACAAAUUAUCACAAGAUAGGUAUAUCUUAACGUGCUGAGGAAUCCUCGCUAAUGAAUGAUUUCCAACCAUUCAAGCAAGACUUCAACCAAACUCUUCUGGAAUAUGCUAUCAGCACUUAAUAUUAUAAUAAUUACAUUGCGGAUAUAAGCUAAGAAAAAGUUCUGCGAGAAGAACAGUCGAAUUGCGGUGAUGAUUAGACAAACGAGAAAUCUAGAUACAGCAAUUACUCCUCCUCUACCCUUACAUAUGACUCAAAGCUCAGUAUGAUCGACAGUAAAUCGAGUCUUUCCCUUGGUUCAAUGUGCUCUGAUAGAUUGUAUGCAUUACGGUCUAAUGAAUUUCAGAGCAAGCUAGAUCUCUGUGAUCUCUUCAUAAAUAACUAAGAUUGCAUUAGUAAGUCACAAUCAGCUCUCGGAGCAAACGAAACAUUAUAUGACAAUAUGACUUACUUGGACGACCAUGAUGAAGAGUAUCAAGAGCUCGGUUUUACAGCUUCUCAAGAUAUUUAUUUACAGUCAUAGAACGGAACAAUCGUGUCACAUGAAGAUUCCUUCAGCAGCACUCCACUACUUUCAGUGACAAAGACCGAAGUUCCCAAAAAGCAAGCUCACAAGAUUUCCUCAUUCAAUACCUACGGCAGAAGCGACAUCGUCUUCAAAACAAUCCUGAGGAAGAUCCGUAAGCAAUACUUAACAGAUUUCAAUGAAACUACCGGUUACAUUAAGAGAAAGAGAAAUAGAAAGCCUUAAUUCUUAGUCGAACUACUUAACCAGUACACAGAACAACUUUUGAAAAACCAGUCUCAAGCCCUCAAGCAAGAGAUGGUAUUCUUCCUUGGUUCUAUAUUCUACCCCAAGCAUUUGAAAAAAUGCUUUGCCAGCCAGACUAAAAAGAAGGAAGAAAUAGAUCAAAUCCACUCUAGUCUCUACAAGUAUACCGUUCAAAGAUUAAGCUUUUUGGAAUCGUAUGGUGCUUACAACUACUUGCUUUCUGACUUUAUGACUAAUCAUAAGGAUAAAUCAUUAGAGUCCAGUAAAACCAUGGAAAAGGCAAGAACAGACUUCAUCUUAGGGUUCAAUCAAAUACAAUAGAGAUUGAAUCUUAAGUCCAGCAGCUAAACGAGUCUACCAAAGGUCGUAACAAGUUCAACAAGCGUACAGAGCACGGCCUCAAAGAAUUGUAAAUCACGCAAAUAGUGA